CAACUGGUCGGAAGUGACCCACUAACCACAAACGUUGACUAGGAAAAAAGCAUGAGACGCAGAGGAUGCUUACCUUUAUAAUGGUUAUGGAUGAGCUCAUCACAAAAUCCACCCUAUUUUCCGACCAAUCGUUACUCAAUUUAGCAAUCUGCUGCUAAAACAGAACUCCACGACUCCAUUAAUUUGGCGGGUCUCACCUAAAUUUCCCCCGCCAAAUUUAGAGUCUCGUCUGUUCUCCAUCUCUCUCUUUUUUCUUCGUUCGCUUUAAUCGAUGAGAAUGUUGAACAGUCUGUACGAGACCUCAAUCAGAACACACUUUAACAAAACAUACAGUUAUUAUUAUUAUUAAUAUUAUUAUUGUUGUUGUGCCAAUUUGCUCCCGCGGAUUUCGAACCCUGGACCUGCUGCUUGCCGACGUGUUAGGGCUUUUUUCGACUUUGUGGAUAAAACACAGUGUUUUAGGGUUCAAUUGACAGAGAAGAGGUGGCGUUCCAAUCGGUGGCAGCUGGGCAGCUGACGGAAUUAUUUACGUCACUUGCUGCUGAACGCGGCCGUUAUGUGAGUGCCACCUGCUAAGAUUUAACUGACAUGCAUAGCAAAAGGAUCCAGAUUCUAUUGUAAGGUUCUACAGGCAGAUUCAAUCAACAAUUCAUUUGGUGUCAACUGGGGGAAACUGAGUUGAAGCUAUUCGAGGACCAUCACCGUAACAAGGAAUGCCAUGAGUUGAGUGUAUACAUGUGCUUACCUUGAGAAGUGUUGGCUACUAUUUGAAACAAGCAUGGAUUCCCAGUCAGCUCAAUACCCUACUUCGAGAAGGACAGGAGGUAGCUUUGAUUCACCAUCUACCCGCCAACUUGAUAUGUGGGGAGAUUCCUUUAGAGCUGAAAAUAGUCCACGAACUGGAACAUCUACAAGUAUGGAGGCAGAUGUGAAAAUUGAUAGCAAGUCGGAAGAUGCACAGAGAGGUGCAAUUGUGGUAUCAAGGAGUUCUGACCAAGAAGCAAAUAAACCGAAUGAUAAGGUCCUAAGACGACUUGCACAAAACCGUGAGGCUGCCAGGAAAAGUCGUCUGCGAAAAAAGGCUUAUGUUCAACAACUUGAAACAAGUCGUGUGAAGUUGAAUCAACUAGAACAAGAACUUGAACGAGCAAGGCAACAGCGGCAGGGCAUAUAUAUUGGGGGAAAUUCGGGAGACCAUAGCAAUUCAACUAUAAAUGGAGCUGCCAAUACAGGGGCAGCUGCAUUUGAUAUGGAGUAUUCACAUUGGGUUGAGGAACAAAAUCGACAACUUUGUGAGCUCAGGACUGCUUUGCAAGCCCAUGUGACUGAUAUUGAACUUCGUAUUCUUGUGGAGGGUAGCAUGGCUCACUAUGAAGAGCUUUUUCGAAUGAAGAGUGUUGCUGCAAAGGCUGAUGUUUUUCAUCUUGUUUCUGGCAUGUGGAAAACACCUGCUGAGCGUUGUUUUAUGUGGAUGGGAGGUGUUCGACCUUCUGAAAUCCUUAAUAUUCUUACUCCUCAACUUGAGCCAUUAACGGAGCAGCAGGUAUUAUCAGUUUGUAAUUUGCGACAGUCAUCGCAACAGGCAGAGGAUGCACUAUCACAAGGCAUGGAGGCACUUCAGCAGGCUCUUGCUGACACUUUGGCAGGAGGUUCUCUAGGUACACCAAAUGUAGCCAAUUAUAUGGGGCAAAUGGCAAUGGCAAUGGGCAAGCUUGAAACGCUUGAGAGCUUUGUGCAUCAGGCAGACAAUCUACGGCAACAGACCCUGCAGCAGAUGUAUCGAAUUCUUACAACUCGUCAAGCAGCCAGGGGCUUGCUUGCAAUGGGGGAUUAUUUUAACCGUCUCCGAGCUCUCAGUUCUCUAUGGGCUGCACGUCCUCGUGAACCAGCUUAAUGUUUCCUAGUUUUUUGAUCGUUAUUCUUAUACAAGAUUCAGCAAGUGCUUCCAAACUGCUGAGCUUGAAUGACAGAUGCUAAUGGUAGGAUCCCAUGGUAUAGUAUUCAGAAUACUUGCAGCUAUCAAGAAAAGUUUGGCAAUUGAUGAUUAUAAAGAAUGAGGAGUGACAGAUAUCUUAAUGGCACCCAUAUUCAGCAGAAAUCUGCAGAAGUUAGUGAGAUGCUGCUCUAAUUAUUCAGGAGUUGGAACUCUACUUCUUUCAGUAAUUAUUGAACACUUGGAUCCUCUGAACUAUACAUGUAAAAUUUAGGUUGCGGAUUCAGUUGUCAAGGAGAAUGUCAGAUUUAUAAAAAUCUGUGAAUAUAUUCUGACACUCUUCUCUAGUUUGUAACAGUCCAGGUUGAUAAUUUAUGUGAAUCUUUUGAAUGUAAUUUCUUCAGAACCAUAUCAGUUGCAAAUGUGCUGUCAAUAACUGUUGAAAGCAGAUGGAAGUGCUUCAAGUUCAUGCAUA